AUGGCAGGAGGAGACCCAGUGAACCACAGUCAUACUGAUGAUGCACAUCCCUGCUAUGAGAUUGAUAUUUUUUCUUCCACAUUUAAAAGAUCCCCUUCCACAAUAUGUGUUUUAUUGUACGUUCUGUUUAGCUCUGUGUCUGCUGUAACUGUGUGUGGAAACCUUCUGAUAAUAAUCUCCAUUAUUUAUUUCCAACAGCUGCACACUCCCACUAACUUUCUCAUCCUUUCUCUGGCUGUGCCCGACCUGCUUGUUGGCUUUGUGGUGUUUCCUCUCAAUAUGGAAUUCUCUCCAACUUUAUGUUUGUUCAAUCCAAAUGUGUUUUACAGGUACUAUGCAGUGUGCCAGCCUCUGAAAUACAGAACUAAGAUCAAUGUUCAUGUUGUUGUGAUCAUGAUUGUUGUGGCCUGGUGCAUGUCAGUUCUGGUUGCAGUUGGUUUUCUUGUUGCAGGAUUGAACUUUGAACAAUGUCAUGAAAAGUGUUUCUUUCUUGCAAAUAUUUUGGGACCAGUGUUUUCAUUUUACCUUCCUGUGAUAAUAAUGUUGUGUAUCUACUUGAAGAUUUUCCUGGUGGCUCAGAAACAGGCACACAGCAUCCAGAACACCAAGUGUCACAGCAAAAAGAAAGGAUUGACUGACAGAAAGGUGGAAGGAAAGGCCACAAGAACUUUGGCAAUUGUAAUGGGAGUCUUUCUGAUGUGUUGGACUCCUUUUUUUGUGUGUUUUGCCAUUAUGAUAUUGGAAAAUGCUUUAGUCCCUGAUGAAUUAUUUGAUGUGGUAGUGUGGCUUGCAAUGUUCAACUCCAUGCUCAAUCCGUUCAUCUAUGCUUUCUUUUACAGCUGGUUCAGAUCAGCUUUCAGACUCAUCCUAUCUGGAAAAAUAUUUCAAGGGGAUUUUUCAAAUUCAAAACUGUUUUGA